UGAUUACAAGAGUAUACCAUCUUGUUAACAACUGUAUUCUAAGAGGGUUUUAGUGUUAAAAACAAAUUCAAAUGUUAAGUGUUAAAUUACUUUAUUUGAACAAUAGCCUGAUGGUCACUUAGAUGAAGAAUAAAAACAAUUAAAAAACAAAAAUAAUAAAUAAGCAAAAUGAAAACAGCUUUCAUGGUGGCAGAGAAGCCGUCUCUAGCUGCAUCUUUAGCGGCGAUUUUAAGUAAUGGACACUGUUCAACUAGAAAAGGAAUGAAUGGAUCAUGUUCAGUACAUGAAUGGGUUGGACAAUUUAAAUCAGAAACUGUUAAUUUCAAAAUGACUUCAGUUUGUGGUCAUGUUAUGAGUUUUGAUUUUGUGGGUAAAUAUAAUAGUUGGGAUAAAGUUGAUCCAGUUGAAUUGUUCUCGUGUCCGAUAGAAAAAAAAGAAGCCGUACCAAAGUUGAAAAUUCCAGCAUUUCUCGUCAAAGAGGGAUCAAAUUGUGAUUAUUUAAUUUUAUGGUUAGAUUGUGACAAAGAAGGUGAAAAUAUUUGUUUCGAAGUUAUACAUGCUAUUCAACUAGGAAUGUCACGGCCGUUCAAUCCGAAUAAUAUAUGGAGAGCACAUUUUUCAGCAAUUACCGAUCGUGAUAUCAAAUUCGCAUUAGCUAAUCUUACUAAGCCAAAUGAAAAUGAAGCUAAAAGUGUUGAUGCACGUCAAGAACUAGAUUUACGAAUUGGUUGUGCUUUUACUCGAUUUCAAACUAAAUUCUUUCAAGGUAAAUAUGGUGACUUAGAUGCUUCAUUGAUAUCUUACGGACCAUGUCAAACACCAACAUUAGGAUUUUGUGUCCAACGACACGAUGAAAUUUCAACCUUUAAACCAGACCCUUACUGGAUGUUACAAGUUACUAUAAAAUUGUCAGAUAGUCUAGACUUGGUUCUUAACUGGGAUAGAAAUCGUUUGUUUGACAAAGAAGUUGCCAAUUCAUUUCUUAAUCUUGUUAAGGAACAUAACGAGGCAACAGUCGUCAGUGUUCAAAAUACAGAGAAAAUAAAACCACGUCCAAUAGCAUUGAAUACUGUUGAGUUGAUGAGAACUUCGAGCUCUGGAUUAGGUAUGGGACCACAUUACGCAAUGCAAAUAGCCGAGCGUCUUUAUAUUCAAGGCUAUAUCAGUUACCCACGUACUGAAACUACAUCUUAUCCAGAGAACUUUGAUUUGUUAGCAACAUUAAAACAGCAACGCAACUCUCCUGAUUGGGGUGAAGAUGUAAGAAAAAUAUUAGAAACUGGAAUAAACCACCCGAGAAAAGGUCAUGAUGCUGGUGAUCAUCCCCCAAUCACGCCAAUGAAAGCCGCUACGAGGAAUGAUUUAGAUGGAGAUAAUUGGAGGGUCUAUGAUUAUAUCACUCGACAUUUUAUUGCAACGGUUGCGCCCGAUUGCAGAUAUUUAAGUACAACCGUAAAAUUUAAAAUUGGAAUAGAAUCAUUUUCAAUCGUCGGUCGAACGAUAAUCGAUCCUGGCUACACAAGUUUAUUGACAUGGCAAUCGAUAAAUGAUAAAAGUAACCUGCCACAAUUCUAUCGUGGUGAUAAGUAUAAUAUCAGUGAUGUUAAACUAGUAGAAUGUUUUACACAACCACCAGAUUAUCUAACGGAAUCAGAAUUGAUCACUUUAAUGGAAAAGCAUGGUAUUGGUACCGAUGCAUCAAUUCCAGUGCACAUUAAUAACAUUUGCACGAGAAAUUACGUGACAGUUAUCACAGGCAGAAAACUUGCUCCAACAUCUCUUGGGAUCGUCCUUGUUCAUGGAUACCAGAAGAUUGAUCCAGAGCUGGUACUACCAACGAUGAGAUCAGCAGUUGAAGAACAGCUUAAUUUGAUCGCUGUAGGACAGGCAAAUUACAAUGCAGUCCUCGAUCAUACCGUAGAAAUAUUCAAACAAAAAUUCCAUUAUUUCGUAUCAAACAUUGAGGGAAUGGAUCAAUUAUUCGAAGUAUCAUUUUCUCCUUUAUCAGCAACAGGGAAAGCAUUAUCUCGGUGUGGUAAAUGCCGGCGUUAUAUGAAAUACAUUCAAACAAAGCCAUCACGAUUACAUUGCGCUAAUUGUAAUGAAACUUAUAAUUUGCCGCAAAAUGGUAAUAUCCGUAUCUAUAAAGAAUUGAAGUGUCCAUUAGAUGAUUUUGAGUUGCUAUCAUGGUCAACGGGUACACGAGGCAAGAGUUUUACAUUCUGUCCUUAUUGUUAUAACAAUCCACCAUUUCGAGAUAUGAAGAAAGGUAAUUUAGGAUGUAACUCUUGUACUCAUCCCACUUGUCCACAUGGAUUGAAUUCUAAUGGGGUAUCUAGUUGUUUGGAAUGUGAUCAUGGUAUAUUAGUGCUGGACCCUUCGUCGGCGCCCAAAUGGAAAUUGGGGUGUAAUCGCUGUGAUGUUAUAAUCCACUUUUUCGAGAAUGCUCACAAAGUAACUGUCGAUCCUGGCGUAUGUUGUGAAUGUGGCGCCCAACUAAUAGCCGUCGAAUAUAAAUCAGAUAAAAGUAAAUUACCUAACGAAGCUACAGAAAUGACAGGAUGUGUAUUUUGUACCCCAGUUUUUACACAAUUAAUUGAAAAACAUCGAGCUGUUGCAUCGAAACCUGUUAUAACUCGCUCACGUGGUCAUUCCACUAAAAGCCGUGGUCGAGGCAAAUCUAGACCACCGAGAGAUAAAAUGGCACAACUAGCAGCUUAUUUUGUAUAAACGGUUUACCGGUUUUACAAACUAAGUUUUCUUUCUACUUUUCGAAUUCUAAUGUUAUAUUAAUGUGCAUAAAAAAAUAUAAUAUUUAAUC